AUGUCAUCAAGCAAAGGACAAUUCGAGCAGGGCCACCAGCCCGAGGUCCAGCACCAGAAGGUCCCAGGAUGGCAGACAGUAAUGGACCCUCCACCCCAAGUCGACCAUCUUCCCACCGCCGAAGGCGGCCGCGAACUCUACAAAGCCGCCGGGAAGCUCAAGGGCAAGAAAGCACUCAUCACCGGCGGCGACUCUGGAAUCGGCCGCUCAAUCGCCGUCCUUUACGCCAUGGAGGGUGCCGACAGCUUCAUCGCCUACCUGCCCGAAGAAGAAGAAGACGACGCGAAAGAGACAGUCAAGCUCGUGGAAGAGAAAGGAGCAAGAUGCUACACAUACCCCACUGACCUCACCAGCCGUGACAACUGCAAGAAGGUUGUCGAGGCGGCGGUCAAGCAGAUGGGCGGCAUUGACAUCCUCGUAAACAACCACGCGUAUCAGAUGAUGGUUGAGGAUAUCAAGGAUCUUUCUGAGGACCAGUGGGAGCGCACGUUCAACACCAACAUCCACCCGUUCUUCUACUUGUCAAAGUAUACCCUGCCACAUAUGAAGAAGGGAUCGACGAUCAUCAACAACGCUUCCAUCAACGCGUACAUUGGUCGUCCGGAUCUUCUCGACUACACCUCGACCAAGGGUGCGAUUGUUUCGUUUACCCGUGGUCUGUCGAAUCAGUAUGUUGGUCGAGGUAUUCGUGUCAAUGCUGUUGCGCCCGGGCCAGUUUGGACACCUCUUAUUCCAGCGACGAUGAACGAUGAGGCGAUCAAGCAGUUCACUUCGCCGAUGGGCAGGCCGGCUCAGCCAAGUGAGAUCGCGACUUGCUUUGUCUUCUUGGCUAGCAGUGACAGCAGCUGCAUCAGUGGACAGACCAUCCAUGCAAACGGCGGCACUAUUGUGAAUGGCUAA